CACUGGCUCCGGGGGGCUGUAGUUAAAUCUGAGAUUUCAGGGGGUGACCGAACGAGAGUCAGUUUCCGUCGAUCGCUAAACAAGCAUCCCAGUGCCAGUGUCUCUCCAACAACACCAUGACUUGGCCAUCAUGCAAUUCCACACUGGAGCAUGAAACGAUCCAGGAAGUUGACCUUUGGGAUGGCGGAAUCACUUUCCACACUCUGUGUGUGAUUAUUUCGGCUGUUUGUCUCGUUAUAUCUUGCUUUCUUGCGGGAACUAUUAUUUUGGGCCAUGCUUUACACUACAGCAGACCAUCUGAACAGAGAUACAUCAUUCGCAUUCUGUUUAUGAUACCCAUUUAUACGCUCACGUCAUUCUUGUGCAUCUACUUUUACAAGUGGACUGUGUACUUCGAGCUUAUCGGCUACUGUUAUGAGCCAUUUGCCAUUGCGUCUUUCUUCACCUUGCUUUGCUCUUAUAUUGCUCCCGAACUUCAUGAUCAAAAGGAGUUUUUCCGGCAAGUAGAGCCUAUCAAUUGGGUCUGGCCUAUUCCAUGGCUGCAGAAAUGUACCGGUGGUCAAAACGGCCUUUGGAGAAAGCCACGAAGUGGGCUUACUUGGUUCAAUGUCAUUUGGAUCGGCGUUUUCCAAUACUGCUUUCUACGAUUGAUUUUGACCAUUCUCGCCGUUGCGGCUGAAUCUAAGAAUCUGUACUGUGAAGACUCUGAUAACGUAGCAUUUGCUCAUAUUUGGGUCCUCAUUAUUGAAUCUAUCGCAGUCACCAUUGCAAUGUAUUGCUUGAUUCAAUUCUAUCUCCAGACCAAGGCCGACAUCGCCCAGCAUCGGCCCUUUAUCAAGAUCCUUUGCAUCAAGCUAGUCAUCUUCCUUUCCUUCUGGCAAUCGACCAUCAUCGACUUUUUAACCUCGUCCGGCCUGAUCAAAUCAUCCGCCAAGGUCGUUCUUCAAGACUGGAAUAAUGCGCUUCCAUAUGUGCUCAUUUCCAUCGAAAUGUGCCUCUUUAGCCUUCUUCACUUCUGGGGUUUCCCCUGGCGCCCAUACGUGAUUGCAAAGGGUCCUGCGGUCGAAGAUAGUUCGCAGUACUACCAUGGUGGAAAGAUGGGGUUCAAGGCUCUGGUUGAUGCAAUGAACCCAUGGGAUCUGGUCAAGGCUACCGCAAGAGGUCUUCGGUGGUUAUUCGUUGGCCGCAAGAAGCGAUUGGCUGAUCCGAGCUAUGAUCUUCCGAAGCGUGAAACUAGAGUUGAUAGUGAAGAAACGCCGUCUGGGCGGCACGAGACGAUGAUCCCGGAGGCGCAGUCUUCCGGGCUUCGUUGACUCGACUCUAUUUAAUACAGUUGUCAUGAGCCAGCUUCUGAGAAAGCGACUUUGUUACUAAUGUCUAGAAGUUAUUCGUUGUUGCCCGACUCCUCUCGUGGAACCCAGACUGGCUCUCUGGCCAGAUCAUAUUCUUUUUAUACUUGAAAUGCCUUGUCAAUGACCUACUCCACAAUGACCAAGCCUAUCCAAAUAACACAUCCACCCGUUUAAGCAAAUCUCUCCUGUAGCCAUGUCACAAUAUCCUCCCCAAAUUCAUCCGGCCGUUCAAGCAAUGCCCAAUGACCCCCUUCCCGAAUAAUACUCUUCACAUCUGGCAACAGUUCGGCAUCAAUAGGCGGUUGUAGUCUAUCAGGCCUACCCACAACGUCCCCAUCUCCACCCCAAUACAGCACCGGCACUCUAAUAACCUUAUUCUCAUCAGGUACCUGGUCAUCCGCCUCAUCCUGCACACCGAACGCAUACGCCCGAUACCAACAAUUCGGAGCCGCAAAUCCUCCAUCCUGCCCAAGUCGACCCAUAAAAUCCUCCUUAUGCUCGGCCGUCGCAAAAGGUAGCGUCGGCUGAGUGCGCCCCUCACUAACGAACUUGCGAGCCCCGCCCGGCGCAGUCAUCGUCUCGAGCCAGGUGCGUGGAUGGCCGUAUGCCAUGCAAUACACGGACUCGAGAUUCUGGUUCAUAGUCUGAACACCUUCCUCGGUCGUGAAAAAGUACCAGUAUUCCAGGAUACCGUAGCCGUAUUGUUGGCGGGUCAUUUCGUUCAUGGCGUCUAGGCUGAAGUGUCCGAUCGGAGGCAUGUAGGCCACAUUGAUUGUAAUCACGCCCGAUACACGAGACGGGUGGAAAUUGUACAGUCUUUGGGAUAGACUGCUGCCCCAGUCGUGACCCGCGGCGAUCACAGAGGAUAGGUGCUCUGCAUUGAGGAUUUCGAUGGCGUCGGCUGCUAGGUCCUUCCAGGAGUAUGAUUCCGGGUCGGUGGGCUUGGAAGUACCCCCGUAGCCGAGACAAUCUGGGGCAAUUAUACCAUAGCCCUGUGGCAGAAGGUAGUGGUUGAUCAGGCCGGACCAGAGCUGGGCUGAGUCGGGCCAGCCGUGGAAGAGGAUGAUUGAUGGCUUGAGAUUGCGGGCGGGGGAAACGUGGUAGGUGUACGUGAAGCCGCGGGAGACUGUGAGGGUCUUCUUGGUCAAGUUGGAGAGACUCAUGGUGUAUAGAUUGGUGAUAACUAUGAGCUGUUAAGAUGGGCGCCCGUAAUUCAACGCAAUGCAACAUGAGACCCGAGGGACUAUGAAGAAAAUAAUCACCAAUUGUCAGCAUGUCUCGGAGGGGUCGAAUGGCUAUGUUUAUAUAGUAUACUCCGUCAAUCUCCCGAGUGCUUUCGGGGCCGAAAUGCUAGUGACACCUUUUGUUACAGUGGGG